AUUUUCUUUUUCCUUUACUGAGCAUAACGGUUAGAGAGUAUUAAAAUGUCCGGUCGCGGGAAGCAGGGCGGCAAGGCUCGCGCCAAGGCCAAGACGCGCUCGUCGCGGGCGGGCCUGCAGUUCCCGGUGGGCCGCGUGCACCGCCUGCUCCGCAAGGGCAACUACUCGGAGCGGGUCGGGGCCGGAGCGCCGGUGUACCUGGCGGCCGUGCUCGAGUACCUGACGGCCGAGAUCCUGGAGCUGGCGGGCAACGCGGCGCGCGACAACAAGAAGACGCGCAUCAUCCCGCGCCACCUGCAGCUGGCCAUCCGCAACGACGAGGAGCUCAACAAGCUGCUGGGCAAGGUCACCAUCGCGCAGGGCGGCGUGCUGCCCAACAUCCAGGCCGUGCUGCUGCCCAAGAAGACCGAGAGCCACCACAAGGCCAAGGGCAAGCCAAACUCGGAGAAUAUAACUGGAUCACGGCCUCUUGAAGUGAGUUUGACCAAACUGAACUACUGUCAGGACUAAGAGACUAGAUCAAUGAGAUGAAACAACCUACCUGCUCAACUCUUAAUAUGUGAAACUCCCAAGGAAAUUUAGAUGGGGAAACUGAAGGGGCUCAGGACAGCCCUCCCCCCACCCAAUGUGCCACUUGGCAUGUGGAUUAUUUUGAGCUAAAGACACUUGAUACCCAGCAAUCUCAAGAAAAUUUUUGUCUCUCCCUUAGCCAAACAGAAGAAUCUAAAUUGAUGGUCUUUCCUAGAAUAAGGUUUAUUAACAGAGAUAAAUUUUAUCUGAGUGACUCAUUUGUAUGGUAGGGCAAACAUCUAAUUACCAAACAUCUGCUCUUCUUAUCCCCCGUGUGAAUUACUCUCCCUCCGUCUGGAGUCCGAGAUGCUUGCCCCAGUCUCCUUAGUUCACAAUAACAUAUGUACCUUAUUUUGCCUAUUUUUGAAAUGUCUGCGUCUAUGUGGAUUCCCUGUACGUACAGUAUUAAAUUUAAUUUUCAACUGUUAAUCUGUCCCAUAUCAAUUUGAUUCCAGUCCAGCUAAAAGGACCUUGGAGUACAGAGGAAUUCUUCUUCCCUGACAUCAGAGUUCUGGAAUAUGUACAGUAUUUUAUCUUUUUAUGAUGCUUUUUAUUUUUUUAUAAAUCAAAAAAGUGUGUAUAAUACUAAAUGUAUUAUAUAGUGUGCCUCUUGAGUCUGAAAACAAAUCAUGCAUGGAUUUAAAAAGUAAUAAUAAAGAAAAAAAUAAAGGUGAGGGGAAAAUAUGCCUGGAAAAUG